GGCCAGAUGAAUGGCGAUUGGCUCUGUGGCUUAGAAAUUUUCUACAAGACCUGGUUUCCAGAUGCUGCAAAACAAGGCCUUGCAGUUCCAGGGUUUUGGUUUGGCGCGCGGAAAGCCAGCUAUAAACCUUUCUUCGAGAAGCUCGAAGCGGACUGUUUGCAAGCCGCAAGGUCUUUGGCUUCCAGCAGUUUGGGGCUGGGAGUCGCCACUUGGAACGUGGAACCACGUGCAACAGCGCCGUUGCGAAUGAGGGCAGCCAUUUUCUUGGAUCAGACCUGUCGAAAUCACCUGUCCAUGCAGCGGGGGCAGGCUCUUGUGGAGGCCAACCAGUUCAAGGUUCUUUGCGAUUCGGUUGCUUUGCGCUUGGCGAUGUCGGUGCUAGUGGAUCUUGACUUUGGAAAGAAAGGCAAGAAAGUAAGCAACUGCAGUUUGUUGAACUUGGCUUCCGUGCCAGAGCUCUGUUUCUUAUCUCUGGUGCUUCGACAUGCUCGUGAACCGUUCUCUUUGAAGCUGUCUGAAGCCAUGCUACUGGUGAUUUUGCAGGAGCUGUCCAGAGGCCCAUCCGGCCCAUCCGAGGCUUCAACUGGCGUGCAGGGUCACAAGGAUUUGUGCUCUCGAUUCUUGGAAGAGACUCAAGAUGCAAUUCAGUCCAUUGUUGUAGAAGCAUAUUUGGAAAAAGCGCUAUCCAGUGACAGGCCAGUACAGUUGUCUGGCAAACCUGAUUGUUCGCCCCGGGUGUCUGUAUUGGACGCAAGAUGCCAAAGAUAUGCAUCGGCUGUCCACCAGGCAGACAGUGAAGUUUCCUUUUUGAGUCCCUUGACAGCGGACGUUUCAAGAUUUCAGGGACAUUUUCUGGUGGAUGAGCUUCGGAAUCAAUUGAAGCAUUUAGGCUACCUUCAUCAAGAUGUUGGAAUAGUUCUGAGCCUAUCAGGUGGCGUUGACAGCAUGGUCACCUGUUGCCUUUUGUGGCUUUUGGAACAGACUUUACCCUCGCACCAGCGUUUUCGCUGGUGUGCCAUGCAUUUGUGCCACCCCAACCGUGACGAUGCACGAGACGAAGAAGGUUGGGUGCAAUGGUCCUGCAGCCAAUUGGGGGUGGAUCUGUUUUCUUAUCGGCCACAGAUUCGAAGGCCGCACGGCAGCAUCCGCACGGGGAUCUCGCGGGAGAGGUAUGAGGAGAAGUCCAAGCAGAUCCGUUUUCGGAUGUAUGAACUUUGUCUCCAACGGCUGGGUGUUUCGAAGGGGGCUGCUUUGGUGGCCCACCAUGAAGAUGAUGCAGAUGAGAACCGUUUAGCAGAGUUGGGAAAAGGCAAUAUUGUUCAUAUCAAUGGAAUGUUGGCUACUGGAAUUACCUUAAAUGUGACAGUUCUCCGACCUCUCUUGAAGGUGAGGAAGGGCGAGCUGAUCGCAUUUGCAGAUUUGGCUCACGUUUGUUACAUGCAGGACUCCACCCCCAAAUGGAGUCGCCGGGGCUGGAUUCGCCAUGUCUUGGACGAGAUGAAGCUGAAAGAGGUGCAGCGCUUUGAGCAGCUACUCAGAGUGCUGUCCAGUGCUGGAAAUGCUUCGGAAGAGUUGGGAGAAACCAUUGAUUCUUCUUUGAAUUCUUGGAAAACCAGUGACAUUUUUGCGGAUGUUGUUGCAGUGCCCUCGUUGGAUCUUUCUGGUGAGAAGCAGAAGUCUGGAGAGAAAGCCAAAGAGCAAGCCACCGCGACUCCUGUCCAUUAUCCUGCCAGCCAAGUGUCAAUCGUCGUUUUGAAAAUGCCCGCUCUCUUCAAAUUAUCCGAGGACUUUCAAUCCAAAGUUCAAAGUCUCAUGGAUGACUUCCGUCAAAUCGCUUCCAUUUGGAACGAUGCGAUCUCCCAACAGACAGGAGUUGAACGAGUCGAACGAGCCGAAGGAGUCGAAGUUGAUGCAGAUGGAGAUGAUGAUCAUCCUGGUGGAUGCCCAUUACAAGCGAUCAAAGUUGCCUCUGGACCCUUCGAAAUGGGUCCCUUCGUCUUGGGUCGUGCCACCUGUGUAGCCAUGAAUGGUUUGAGCGAAAUGGAACGACUUCUGAAGGGACAACUGCCGGCGUGGAAGUCGUUGAAACACCUCUGGGAUUGCGUGGUGCGAGCGCGAAGAGAACAUCACUGGGGAACAAUGCAUAAAAGUUGUCCUUUCCUGUAUGUGAGGGAUGCCAACAGCCUGGUCCUGUGCGAUGCGGAGGAAUUGGCCAAGGAGUUUGCUGAUGUCCGCUGGCAGCGGCUCUUUGUGAAUGCCACCAUGGAGUUUCUCCAAACGCACGGGAAAUCAGAGAAAAUGGGCGCUUCAGCUGAUGCGGGAGCCUUUUAUGUUCAAAUCAUUUUCCAACUCAUCAUGCCAAGGUGCCAGAAAACUUUCUGGCCUGGUAGUAGCUUGAUUAGGAUGAAUGCUCAUGGAUUGGUAGAAGGAGCUUCAGUUUUGGGCCGAAAAUUGUAG